CGGCGGCGGCGUUGGAGUCGGCGCCGGAGGGGGGGACGGCGUCGCCGGCGGCCGCGCCGCCGGGAGCGACUACGAGUCCGGCGACGACCGGCGCGAUCCCCUCCCGCCUUAUCGCUCGGAUCGAUACUCCGACGACGCCGCUUUGAAUGUGCCUGCAAGAACUUUGGUCUUGAUGAAGGCAUUCCGGUGUGAGUUGGUUUUAAAAAGUCAGGGUUUUGGAUUUUUGAUGGUUAGUUAUGUCUUUGGGUAACAAAAGGUUGGGAUGGUUUGUGGCUGGUGAAAGUACUGGUUUUAGUAGAGUUAUAUAUUGUGACGAAGGCUGCUUUUAGGUAAUAUUUCGUGAAAUUUAUGGGAUAAGAAAAGUGGCAGCAGUUUCAGUUCCGAUAUGAGGUUAUCAGUUGGGAUGUACACAUGAUGAUUUGCUCGGCAUCUGAACUUGGAAUGUACUUACUACUAUCAUUGUGGUUAAAGUUCCUUGUACGUCAUCUUAUUAUCAGUCUUUGGGUACACAUACUGACUGGAGGGCUGUUUACCGUGCCUGGAGUUGGUUGAUCAGGUUUCUACUCCCUUUUGUCAGAGACAGUUUGGUCACUUUCCAUGUCAUGAAUUUGAUGAAGGGGGUUCAUGUGUUUUCCUGCAUGAGGGAUUGUUACAUCUCAAAAUGGUGUAGUUGGAAACUUGGUCCAGUAUUUGGAGGUGGCUAUAUGGAAUCUGAUUCGACAAUGGUGAAUACCAUUCAAGUUGAAAUGUGGCAUAGCUUGUUUGGUUGAACGAUCUGUUAAGAUUCUUUUUGUCCUUUUGGCGGGUGCUGGGUCAGUCAAAUGGCCUUUGUUGCUUCAAUUAUUACUCAGCAAAAUGCUGGAGGAUGGGGAACAUUGUCUCAUGUCAUUUGCAAUGUCUUUGAAAUGCUUUGUUGCCAAUGAGGUUGGCAAGUGGUGAAUUGGUAAUGAUUUUGGAGAAGACUACUCCUUACAAGAACUUUUGCCCAGGAUACCUUUUUAAAAGUCAUGGAGAGGGACAUUAAUGGAAUUCAUAAAGAAAAAGGGGUGACAAUGGUAUUUGCUCCAAAAUUUUCUGAUGGGAAUGAAUUGCAUCAUGCUCUAAGUUAACCGGAAACGUGGAUUAAGCAGAAAAUAUAUUUCAUUGCUGUUUGGGAUUUUUGUCGAAUUUGUUGCACUCAAUGGAUGAGUUUUGACUGGAAGGGACUGGGUUCAUACCAGUUGGUCUAGUUCGAUGUAAUGCCUGAGUAGCAGAUUGUCAUCUUGUGGUUCUUUCAUGGGUUUACAUCUGCUGCUCGUCGCAGGAUUUAGAAUUCAUGCAGGUUCUGUAUCCCCUGCUCGUCAUAGGAAUGCAGAACGUCGUUAUAGUCCAGAUCUUGAUCGUCCGCCGCGUGGCCGUGAAUUUGUCAGCAGGAGGGAGCCUGGUAGGUUCCAAGACUCUCCUCCCCAUUAUGGCAGAGGAAGGGGCGGUGGUAGGCCCUAUGGCAGGGGUUUUGAUGGUCCUGGAUUGGGUCCUCGGCCAUUCAGAGGUGAAGCUGUAGCUAGAAACAAUCCUAAUGUGCGACCAAGGGAAGGGGAUUGGUACUGUGCAGAUCCUUCAUGUGGCAAUCUGAAUUUUGCAAGGCGAGAUCACUGUAACAACUGCAACAGACCUCGCUCUGGACACAGGGGUAGCCCUCCUAGAAGGGGCUUCCUGGCCCCACCACCUCCAUAUGCUGCUUCGAGGCGUUUUCCUGGGCCUCCAUCACAGCGCUCACCUCCUAGGUCCAUGAAUGGGUACAGGUCUCCGCCUCGUUCAUGGGCUCGGGAUGGGCCUCGAGAUUUUGGCCCCAGUGGUCUACCCCCUCCCAGGCAUGAAGUUGGGUUCUCCGAUGACUACAUGCGAAGGGAACAUGUGGACUAUCCGGAAGAUGAUUAUAGGGGAAGGAGCAGGUUUGACAGACCAAUGCCGACUGACUGGGCCCCCCGAGACCGUGGAAGGGAUAGCUUUGUAAGUGAAGGAAAAAGCUUUGACAGGCGACCACUAUCACCACCUCUGCACCCACCGCCAAUUCCUGCAAGUCAUGACCGAUGGGCACGUGACAUCAGGGAGAGAAGCCGUUCGCCUUUUAGGGGUGCCCUCCCACCAAAAGAUUAUCGUCGGGAUUUCUACAUGGAGAGGGGACGAGAUGACCGCCAUGGCCUGGGUAGAGAGAGGAUUGGCGAUCCUUACUAGCUGAGACACGAUUUGCUGCUAUGAGUCUGAUUUUUGCAGGCUUGGAGGUAAUUGUGUAAAGGAUGUUCAAGGCUGUAGGGAUGGUGGAGCUAGAGUUGUACUGUUUGCGAUGGAGCAUUUAUGGUUUCAUAGUGCCUGCCUGUGUGUAUGAGUUUAGGUCAAAACUUAUACAAUUGUUUGUGUGGUCUGCUUUGCUGUGACUGGUUAUUCAAAUGGAACUUGCGGAGACUUUUCUCUCCAGCGGCAGGUUACUUGGA